CUCCAGACGUCCCGGCGGCGGCGAGCGGGAAGCUGGGAGCGGGGAGCCGGAUCCCGCUGCCUCCUGCAGCUCCAUGGCCCCGGCCGCGGCGGCGGAGCCCAGCGCCCGCCGCCCCCGGGGCACUGGCACCGGCUCCGGUCCUGGUCCCGGUCCCGGUCGCGGCGGGAGGAGCACGACUCGGAGCCCCCCGGAAGAGCAGCCGAGCCAGAGACGAUGACAGCUGAGAGCACCAAAGCCAAUGGGCCCACGCGGGAGCCAGAGGCAGGGGGCCCCAAGGCAGCGGCGCCCCCAGCCCCACCGCGGCGCCGGCGGCGUCGGCUGCGGCGCAAGUCCCCUCCGGAGGUCCAGGUGAAGGGGCAGCUCCGCAUGCGCUCGCCCUCGGGAGCCUUCGUCAUGGUGGGCAUCUCGGUGGUCCUGGUGGGCAUGACCAUCGCUGUGGUGGGCUACUGGCCCCACCGGGGAGCUGGGGUGAGCGGGGCCAGCACGGGGAACAGCAGCACCUCGGGGGACGUGAGGCGGGAGGUGGCCCCGGCGAGGAGCCAGGUGCCUCACAGCGAGAAGCUGAAGCUGAUCGGCCCUGUGAUCAUGGGCAUCGGGCUCUUCAUCUUCAUCUGCGCCAACACCAUGCUCUACGAGAACAGGGACAUGGAGACCCGCCGGCUGAUGCAGAAGGGGCUCUACGCCAUGGCAGGGGGGCUCCCCGAGGGGGCCGUCCCUGGGGAUGGGCACUGCCAGCCUGAGGAGGGCCAGCCCGUCCCCAGGGCCAACGCCGAGUGCGUGGAGGGCUGCUACCAGGUGGAUCUCUCCUGCCAGCCCUGCCGCAGCCCUAGCAGCAAGUGGUCUGACUGCUAUGGCCCAAACAGGCUGCAGGCCACGGCCGAGUGCCUCCGGCACCCAGCAGCAUCCCCCGUGGCCUCCCUCCUCAGCCUCCGCUCCGGCACCUCCGCAGAGGCCAACCUUGGCCUCUCCUGCCACGCUGGAGCCGAGUCCUUGGUGUCCUCGGCCGUGGGCGCCUUGGCCUUGCCUGUCAUCAAGCUCAAUAACUGCUUGCUGGACGCGGCAGCGCGAGGGGCUGGUGCGGCAGCGGAGGGGGACGCCACCCAGCCCCUGCCUGAAGCUCCACAGCUCUCCCAGGCUCCACUCUCCACCAGCAGCAGCAAGGUGCCCCGUGGCCAGGACCGUGGCGGUGGCGGCCACGUCGUCAUCAACAUGGAUGGCAGCUGCCCCAGCGCGGAACUGGCGAUGGCAGAGCUCAGCCUCGAUGCACAGCUCCACACCCCAGGACACUCCAAGUCCCUGGACCUCGGGCGGCCAGGGGUGCUGCUGGUGGCCCCCAUCAAGGACCGUAAGAACCGGAGCUGGCCCCGUCUGGACCAGGUCAGCCUGGUGGGUUACACCAAACUGGAAAGCACUGGCGAGUCCUCGGACCAGCUGCUGGAGCCCUGCCAGCCCCCGAGCCGGGGCGAGCCCCGACCCAGCUCCUGGACAGUGGGGAUGGAGCAGGGCUCACAGGUCUGACGUCCCGACACCCUGGGGACCAUGACAUCACAGUUCCCCAUCCUGCCCCCAGCACCCACAUCCUGGAGGGGUUUGGGGAUGGUGGUUUUAAACAGAUGCCAAGUGGGAGGUCCUGACCCACUGCUCCGGGAGAAGGACUCACCGAGGGUGGGAUGUCCUCUUCUGGCUGUCUCUCGAUGGCUUCCUGGUAGAUGCCCUUGGCCUUACAAGCCCUCAUCCUCGGUGUCUUCUCCAGAGGAGCCCUCGCCUUGGGACCCAACACAAACUGUGGGAUGGGGACAUAGGGGCAGGUGAAGCCCCACCAGCCCCUGCAGCACUUUAUUUCAGCGGGGAUGGGGUGGGAGGAUGUUUUUGGGGGUGCUGUCCCCUUGUCCAGCCUCAACCCACCGGGAAGUUUGCUUGACCAGAGCACGUCAGCCCCAGGGGGCUAUUAAAUAUUAUCUCAA